CGUCUGGAAAUUUCCACGCGAUCUUUUCCAAAGUGCAAUAACAUUACGAAUUUUCCGAUUUGUUUUCAAGUGUUAUUUUUUGCUUGUUUCAUUAAGUUAUGUAGUGUUUGUUUUAUAUUAUAGUGACGUUGUUGUUUUAUAAUUGGAUUUAUUUAGGAAGUGGAGUGUUUUUGACCGCAUUUACCAACUUACAUUCACAUUGAACGUCGCGUUGUGGAUAAUCUGAGCGAAAACAUCGUGUGUCGGCUCAAUCAGAGCGCCUGGUGCUGAACGGUGUGGCUUGAUGGCGCGGUGACGCAGCAUGCGCCGCGCGCACUACGCCGCUGUACUGCGGCUACUCAUCGUCGCAGGCGGCGCUUGUUUUGUGAAUCCAUAUACAAACGAGGAUCGUAUCGACCUCAGUCAAGUAUGGCUGGAAAUACCAACCAGCCUCGUAGCCCUUGGGGGAGACGUACAUGUAUUCGUACGCGGCCUGACCGGGACUGGCGCCUUGCGUGUACGCCUCGCGCGAGAAGACGACGAAGGGAGAACCCUUUUAGCAACCAUGCCUCUCGCACUAGACUCCGAGAGCCGCAUGACUCUUCCUUGCGGUUAUUUCUCUAGAGGCGGCAUAUACUAUCUCGAAAUUGUUGCCGACAAAGAUACCUUCCUUGAUUACGACAACGCUACAAUAACUAGUGAGAGAGUGAAGAGAGAUUUAAAUGAAGGUGGUAUCAUGGAAACCGGGGACAGUAUCGUCAAAUCUUGGAAAUUUGACGUGAUGUGGCCGACUGCUAACUUAGAUGUGACUCCGGAACAGAUACAAACGUAUCCAGAGAGGCAAGUGACGGCGAUUCUGGAGUUUCCGAAGGUGGUAUGCACACCAGUGGAAACUAGUGCUGAUUAUUGGUUGGAACUGUUGUAUUGUGGACAUUCUAGUGGCGGUGCGGUGUUGUGUGAUGGAAAAAAUAGUAGUUCUCAUGCGCACGUGCUGUAUUCGGAACAGAUGUACGGGUUCCCAGGACGGCGUACCAUGACAUUACGGUGCGAACUAUUUGGCCAGGCUGGGGACUAUGCAUUGACUUUACGACCAGCGGCAGCUGCUGGACCUCAAGAUUUGACAGUGGCAUUCAUUAAGGCGGAUUGGUCUGAACAAUUCGUAUUGAACGUGCAUGGUGGAUCCGUGUUUCCUUGUGGUGAAGGAGUGCGGGUGCUGUUUCAAUAUCCAGAGUGCGUGUUGGAAGGUGCUGAUAGAGUAAGGGUUUUCGGACGUGACUCGGAUAGGCUGCGAUAUGUUGCUGAAAGAAGAGUUAGAAGGGGUCAGCACACUGCCUCAUUCGACUGCAGAUUGUUUAGCGAAAGAUAUCCUGAAUAUUGCUUCGUCUAUGUUUCCCAAGCCGUCACAGGUGCAGUUGCGGACGUCCGGAUGGACUGCCUACCGACUUUGCCUUUGUCAGACGGUGGUGCUGGCGGUUGGGGCGAGUGGUCUGCGUGGUCUGCAUGUCCUGCACCUGCACAUUGCUCGACGCGUACUCGUAGUCGUCACCGCUUUUGUGACAGCCCGCCACCAGCGUAUGGAGCUAAGUUUUGUGAAGGCCAAGCUGUAGAAUUGGCUGCUUGCGAGUGCACAGCACGUCCUUGGGCCGGUGAUUCAUCCAUGGUGGUAGCAGAAAUUGGUGCCAGGUGUAGAUGUGGAUGCGUUCUACACCUAGCACCAGCUGCCAGACUCUUAGCUGGCUCAGCAAGAGCUUGCCCAGCAAGAUCAUUUUGGCUUCUGCAGGCGGAAGAAGGCCUCGCGGUACGGUUGCGGUUCGAAGCAGUAAAACUGCCCUGUAUUGGACAGGCGCUUCGGGCUAGGGAUGGAGACUCUUUGGGUUCACCGCUUCUCGCUUCUUGGGAUGGACCGGACAGUUCAGCUGUGACGGAUGAAGUGGAAACCACAACGGAUAGCGGUGGUGUGGUUGAAAUCGCCGGUGGACGACACAUCCUCGUAGAGCUGCGAUCAGGAGACACAAACGAGCGUUGUGCUGGCGGAUUUUUAGCACACGCUUCUCAGAUUGAGCCAAUCCGAAACGCGUCCGCUGCAUGGGCGUCUGUGAGUGGUGGUGCUUGGUGGCGAGGAGGUGGCGGGGCGCGAGCCGCGGCCGCUGCUCUGGCAGCAUUUGCCGCGCUCGCCGCACUUGCUCUCGCGGCGCAUUCCGCACACAGAACGAGGGCCUACCAGCGCGCUGCUGAUAAAGAAUCCCUCACUGAUAGCGAUGCCUGUUCGGCCUCACUAGAGCUCGGUGGUGCCAACACUGGGUCGCGAAGCACUCUAUUGUCGGAAGUUGUCGGUGGUGGUGUCUCCUUACGUAGAUUACUACCUGGUAGGACACGACACACUAGACUCAGAGAUUCUGAUAGGACUUCGGAAAUUAUGGAACCUAGGGAUGAAGAAGAUCAAGGGACCGAUGUAGAAGCAGAUAUUGCAGACAACGAGAGUGUAGCAAGCGCUGGUAGUGCAAUUAGCCAAGCUACCGUUACCCCUGAGAAUGUGUCUUCUAGUAGUGCGCCUGCUGCCACUGGCUCAGAAAGUAUGGCUCCUUCACCACUACGCCGGUCACACACAGUUUCAAAUACACAUGUUCCGCAGAUCACAUCACCUCCUCAACCAUCAACGAGUGAAGCAGUAACAACAGAAAUAAGCACAAGCAUCACUAGUGUCAGUGAUAGAGACAGCUACAGUGAAAAAGACAGAGACAGUGCAUGGGAUAAGGACAGAAGUGUAAGCAGAGCCUCGUCUUCAAUAUCUGCUGCUACCUUGACAAAUGGUUGGUACUCACCAGCGUUGAGUGGCGUUUCAUCAGCCAAAAUUCGUGACAAUCAAAAGCAUAAUAAGGAAACCUGUAACAGAAGACUUUUACGUUCAGAUCUGAGUCUGACUUCACACCCAGAGAUGGAAAUUGACUACUAUGACUAUGAAGUUAAUAAUGCUGGUUCCGUACCUGGUUCCUAUUUAGGCAUGGAUCCAGCGUUUCUUGUUUGGAUCCCACCAAUAGAAGAAGGCGAUAUAAUUAGAGAGAUAGAUGAGAGCAAAAUACCAAUUUAUGAGGAAGUGGUACCAAAAGAAUUACGACCAGACCCAGGCAGCAAUACAGAAUCUCCUGACGAAAGACCAUCAUCAAGCACAUUGAAGCGAAAUCCAGAUAACCGCUCAAACAGAUCAAAUGAAUCUAUAAAAUCUAUAAGGAAAGUUAUGGACAGAGGUAGCAUCAUACAGCCUUUAAAUUUCAGUGUAAGCGAUUUGCAAAAUUCACCUAAAUUACCAAAGAGGAAUAAAAGAAAGAAGGACGAGGUUACUAUACCGAUGAAAGAUCUGACACUCACAAUGUCCCCAGUUAAAGUUCAUAGAAGAGAGAACAGAUCUGAGUAUGAUAAUUCAUCUACUCUUAAACGAGUCAAUGAAUCAAGGGAAAAAGAUGACACAUUAAAAAGAACUACAGAUUUUAACGACAUUAGAUUCGCGGAUGAAAACUCGGAAUCAUCAAAUGAAAUAAAAUUCGCAGAUGAUUCACCAGAUAGCAAUAGAAUAAAUGAAAAAUAUGAAGUCAAAGCUUAAGUAUCGAUCAAAUAAAAGUUUUUUUUUUCUUAAUAACGUACAAAACUCCAUUUGAUGUAUCAAAUGAGACUAUGCAAUAAUACUCAUAAUUAAAUUAUCUAUAAAUAGCGAGUUUUCCACGGGUAUACCAGU